ACAACAAAAACAAAAUAACAUGAACUUCAAAGUCAUAUGCUGACUUGUCUUUCAUGAUUGUGCAAAAAUUCCUAUAUAUAGCCGUGUUAUCUGCCAGCAGAUACCAACAAACUAUCUAUCUCAAUAUCAUACAAAUUGCAAUCUCUCCAAAUCUUUCUACUUUCUUCUUCCUUUUUUCUCUCUCAAAACAAAAUAUUUUCAAGUUCUUAUUAACAAGGCACAUUUUCUUGAAGCCUUGCUGAAAAACAAACUCCAUAGCCACAAUAUUUGUGAUUAUUUGUCCCAGAAUUUUAAUUUAAAACGUCGAUAAAAUAUGAAGCUUUUAUCAGAAAAAGCUACGUGUAAUUCUCACGGACAAGAUUCUUCGUAUUUCCUAGGAUGGCAGGAGUACGAGAAGAACCCGUACGAUGAAAUUCAAAAUCCAAAAGGAAUAAUACAAAUGGGUCUUGCAGAGAAUCAGCUUUCUUUUGAUUUAUUAGAGUCUUGGCUAGGCCAAAACCCAGAUGCAGCCGGGUUUAAGAGAAAUGGAGAGUCUAUAUUUAGAGAACUUGCUUUAUUUCAAGAUUACAACGGCCUUCCUGCUUUAAAAAAUGCAUUGGUUAAAUUCAUGGCGGAAAUUAGAGGAAAUAAAGUUACCUUUGAUUCAAACAACCUUGUCCUCACCGCCGGUUCCACUUCCGCCAAUGAGACUCUCAUGUUUUGCCUAGCCGACCCCGGCGACGCUUUUCUCCUACCUACUCCAUACUACCCAGGAUUUGAUAGAGACUUGAAGUGGAGAACAGGUGCUGAGAUAGUGCCAAUACGAUGUACAAGUUCAAAUGGCUUCAGAAUUACAGAAUCCGCUCUUGAAGAAUCUUACAAAUUAGCGAAAAGUCGCAACCUUAGAGUGAAGGGGGUACUAGUGACUAACCCCUCGAACCCAUUGGGCACGACAUUAACGCGAAAUGAGCUCGAGCUACUUGUUAGCUUCGUCGCGGAAAAGGGCAUUCAUCUCAUUAGCGAUGAAAUCUAUUCAGGCACGGUUUUCAACUCGCCUAAAUUCGUCAGUGUCAUGGAAGUAUUAGUCGAAAAUGAGUACAUGUACACUGAUGUUUGGGAGCGAGUUCACAUUGUCUAUAGCCUUUCCAAAGAUUUGGGCCUUCCUGGUUUUCGUAUCGGGGCUAUUUACUCAAACGAUGACGUUAUUGUCUCUGCAGCUACAAAAAUGUCGAGUUUCGGGUUAAUUUCUUCGCAAACUCAGUAUCUUUUAUCGGCCAUGCUCUCCGAUAAAAAGUUUACGAAGAAAUAUAUCUCUGAAAAUCAAAAGAGGCUCCAGAAAAGACAUGCCAUGCUAGUAAAAGGACUUAAGAGUAUUGGCAUUAGUUGCCUUGAGAGCAAUGCGGGUUUAUUUUGUUGGGUCGAUAUGAGACAUUUACUAAAGUCCAAUACAUUUGAAGCAGAAAUUGAGCUAUGGAAAAAAAUUGUUUACGAAGUUGGGCUAAAUAUUUCGCCCGGUUCGUCAUGCCAUUGUACUGAACCGGGUUGGUUCCGUGCAUGUUUUGCGAACAUGUCAGAAGAUACAUUGAAUCUCGCGAUUCACCGUAUUAAAGUUUUUGUUGAUUCCUCCGAUGUGAUCAGUACCAAUGUUGAUCAGAGUAAUCAGACUAACCAGAAUAUCGUGACGAGUCCAAAGAAGAAGUUAUUCUCCAAGUGGGGUUUUCGGCUAUCGUUCAAUGACCGUGAACGAUAGUUUGUGUGAACAAAAGACAGAUUCAGAAUUUAAAUUUGACAGGUUCUUACUGCCGGGUGUGAACAUUCCCUUGUCCAUGAUGAUUUUUUAUAACUCAAUGUGUUUUAGAAGUUGAGUUUCCAAAUUCUUUUUUUGUAUCAAAAUUAUACUUUUUUUUUUUUUUUUUUUUAAAUGUUGAUGCACUCGGUCCAUGUGAUGGACGAGAAGUGUUUAUCCUUUCAUCAUUUGUAAGUGCACUCGGUCCGUGUGAUGGACGAGAAGUGUUUUUUUUCCAUUUUAUCAUUUGUAAUUCACUCGGUCCAUGAUGGACGAGACGUGUUUUUCUCAUUUAAUCAUUUGUAAACAUACCAAAUAUCGAAUAUAUAUCUGUGUGAAAUCUUCUUGAAUUGGUCAAACUAUAGCUUUAUUUCACAAUUUUUUCUUGAAUUAUUCAUCAUUUGCAUCA